AUGGUUUUGUGUGGUCAUAACAGACUUCUUCUAAGAAGAAUUGCCAAUAUUCGUUUCAAUUCUUCCCAAACGCCUACCAAAAAUAUUCUUCCGAAUGCAAGCCUACCUCCCCUGUUUACUUUGGCAACUUUGAGGUCCUUUCCGUCGCUAGAGCCUCUCACGUUUGUCCCGGUCCCGGCCGUGGUAUUCGACGCGCCCUUGAGAAGAGACUUGUUGUGGAAAGCCGUGGUGUACGAAAAUGACAAUAAGCGUGUUGGCUCUUCAAACCCACCCAGCAGAAGUGAAAAUGGGUACUCUAGGCGUAAACUACUCCCCCAAAAAGGCUCUGGUAAAGCCAGAGCAGGUGACGCCAACUCCCCCACGAGGCACAACGGGUCCAGGGCGCUUGCAAGAUCUGCGCCAAACGACUACACUACAAAACUACCCCAAAAGGUCUACUCACAAGCGGUGCUCAAUGCUUUGAGCUAUCAGUACAGGCGCGGGAAUAUUUUCGUCGUUGGCGGAACUAAUGCUCUAUGCCAAACACACGAUCUUGAUGUGAACGAGUUGGAUCUGCUGCCCACCUCACUGGAAACCGACAAUGGAGACUUGGUUUUCGAGAAAUUUUUGAGCGAGUAUGACUUAAACGGCGAUAAUAUGCUGUUUGUCAUAGACGCACCAAGAGAUGGCCUAUUCAGGUACACAGAAGCCUACAAAAACGAUGUGAAUAUCGUACAAAAGGAAUUUCUGGAUGUCAACGAUAUUUUAAAAGCACGCCACAUUUUCAUCGAACUAAGAGCUUUGGAGUAUCUGGCCGUUACUCACACGAUUUAA